AUCCAAAAAAAUCGCAAUCAUUAUCCAAAACAGAUUUUCUCUUCCCCGCCAACCAAGCAAGUCCAUUCACGCAUCCCCUCAAAGCUUUACCGGAAAAUGGAAAAUUGUCUUUUCACUUUCCUCUAAUUCGAUUCGCUCCUCUCAGGUUCACUCAAAAUCAAUUUUCUAAUGGCUCUUUUCAUUUCACCAGAAAUCUCCACCGCAAAAAUCCUCUUUAACCCUAACCCUAGAAAUCUCAAGAGCCUUAAUGUUCGUGUCAGGGCUAGAAGUGAUGUCAGGGUUUCGGGAUUGAAUCAAAAUGUGAGGCUCUACGGUCAAUUUUCGGUUCCGGUCAAACAAGAAACGAAGAGGACGAACGAGGAAGAGGAGAAGCAGAAUUACUAUGUGAAUAUGGGUUAUGCGAUUAGGACUUUGAGAGAGGAGUUUCCCGGGUUGUUUUAUAGAGAGCUCAGUUUUGAUAUCUACAGGGAUGACAUUGUCUAUAAAGAUCCGAUCAAUACCUUUGGUGGUAUUGAGAGUUAUAAAUCAAUGUUCUGGGCUCUGCGUUUCCAUGGAAGGAUAUUUUUCAGGGCUUUGUGGGUUGACAUCAUUAGUGUGUCACAGCCUGCAGAGAAUGUGAUUAUGGUUCGAUGGACAGUCCAUGGCAUCCCACGAGUCCCAUGGGAGAGUAGUGCUCAAUUUGAUGGCCUGUCUGAGUACAAACUUGACAGCAAGGGGAAGAUCUUUCAGCAUCGGGUCGACAACAUUGCUCUUAAUUCACCUCCAAAGUUUCAUGUGCUGACUGUGGAGGAAUUAAUCCAGGCUGUUGGUUACCCCUCAACCCCAAAACCGACUUAUUUUGAAGUUUCGCCUUCCUUUUUAAAGACUAAUUAGAGUUUCCAAAGUUAUCACCAAAUUUUGGCAUACGAUGGACUAAAUAUAUAGCUCGAGUUUGGUACCCCCUUCUCGACUUUUGGUAUCCCCUUGUUUGUAUAAAAAAUUGAGAUUAGUUUUUUAGUAUAUUGCAAAUUCUGUAUGAGGGUGAUAUUUAGCUGUGGCAAUUAUUGUAUUUUUGAGUGUAUAAGAAUUGCAUAAUCUUGUGUAUAUGAAUUAAAUGCAAGGUCAGAGUAGCA